AUGAGAUUCACCAACUUCCUCCCGGCCCUUGCGGCCAUUCCCGCAGUAUUAGCCACGCUCCCUCGCACCUUCGAACUCCUCGCCUUUCAAAACGGGCAGAGAAUCGGUUGCAUCAACGGCUACGGGAACUUCGUUACGAACAAACUAGUCUGCUACCCCUACAACACUGUCGGCGACCCUGCCGAGACGAACUACAUCUUUGGCUACGAGCCUUGUAGCGCUGCCAACGGCAGCUUCGUCUGCUGGCAAGCUGAGGGUGAAAGGUCACUAUUCGGCUUGAGCGGCGCUGACCUCAACUUGAUUGGCGUUGGAACUCUGUGGUCUGCGGACUCGCUUCCGGACUCCCAGGACAGAUAUGGUGUACCAGUAAAUAUCGGCAAUGAAGGAAGUCAGCCCAUAUUUCUUCAGGUUCAUGGGAUCAGCGGUUGA